UAAUGAUGAAAAUAAGAAAGAAUUGUUAAUUUGAACCGAUGAUAAUGGCUGCAAAUUAUUUUUCACGUACUAUAUUACGUUAAAUGUAUUUAAGUAUUAGCAAUUAAAUUAAAAUAAGAAUGAACGUAGUUAACUGGACAAAUAAUAACAAUGAAUCGUAAUCAAAGUCAAUUAGGUAAUCCUCUGAGACACUGCCUGUUAUAAAAAAAAGAAUUUCAAAAAGACUGUAAAAACACAUAUAAGAUACUUCUUUCAAAGAAUUGUAUAAAUAGUAGAAGCUUGCUGAAAUUGUUUAAAAGGCUAUGGAGAGAAAUGAAUGUCAAUACGAGGAAUAUGAUGAGAUAAAGAUUUGUGGUGAGAUAAUUAAACUCAAUGACAAAGUGAUUAUCAAAAAUGAAGAUAGCAAUGUUGAGGAUUAUAUUGGAGCAAUAAAUAAAAUUUGCUCAGUCGUAGAGCCUAGUACACUAAAAUUAAUAUGUCUCUGUGAAGUGUAAUGGUUUAUGAGAAAGAAUGAAAUAAUUUGUCAUAAACCAAGAGCACGAAGUUGGAUUGGCAAUUAAGAAAUCUUCUCUACUAAUACCAAUGAUUAUGUAUUAGCAUAAACAAUCGUUCAAAAAUGUACAGUUGUUGAUUGUGAGGAAUACUUCAAUAUGGAAAAUUGUGAUUCUACUACUUAUUAUAAUCGAUUGGAAUGGGAUGUGGAAUGCAAGAAAUUUACAAAUAUGAAUACAAUUAAGUUAUAUUGUUUAUGCUAACAGCCUUGGAAUCCAGAGUUAAACUAUAUUUAAGUAAUAUUUUAUUAUUAUAAUUAGUGUGAUAAAUGUUAAAAAUGGUACCAUUUUGAAUGUGUGGGUUUAAAAGAGGGAUCAUAUGAAAACAAGGAAUAUGCAUGUGGGUAUUGCAAUUGA